GCUCUCUCCACCUUUCUCUCUUUCUCUGUCUCUCUUUCUCUUUUUUUCUCUGUCUGUCUGUCUGUAUCGAACUUUCUCUUCUGGCUCUCUCCCUUUGCUUUCUCUCUCGCUCUCUCUCCUGCUCUUCCUCGAAUUCGUAGUUUAGUAGGACCCUUCUUCUUCUUCUUCUUCUUCUUCCUCUUCUUCCUCCUCCUUGCCCCUCCCCUCCAUGCCCUAAUUGUAAUCCCGCCCCCAUCCCCAAGCUCCCUCCUCCCCUCCCCUCCCUCAAUUCCAUUCCAUUCCGCCCUCGCCCUUCCACGUUGCUGCUGCUUCUGCUGAAAUUCCUCCUCGCUCGCUAUCCCCUCCCCCUCCCUCCUCGAUUCCACCCCGUCCCUCGUCUUCCUCCCGCAGGACAUUCCGAUUUACAGGGGGUUGCGUGGGCCAGGCACUCCAUUUGUCGCACUCAACAUGUCUGCCGCUACCGCCAACACCAACUUGCCCAGGCGGAUCAUCAAGGAAACCCAACGAUUACUUAGUGAGCCAGAAGUGGGGAUUGAAAAAUUAGGCCAAUAUUUUACGUCGGUAUUUCCGGCGGAUUUUAACCGUUAUGAUGGUGCAUCAUGACACACUAGCUCCGGGAAUCAGUGCGUCACCGUCGGAAGAGAAUUUGCGGUAUUUCAAUGUGAUGAUUCUGGGCCCAUCACAAUCUCCAUAUGAAGGUGGAGUGUUUAAGCUUGAAUUGUUUUUGCCAGAGGAGUAUCCAAUGGCUGCACCCAAGGUUCGGUUCUUGACGAAGAUAUAUCACCCAAACAUUGAUAAGUUGGGACGGAUCUGCUUGGAUAUCCUCAAAGAUAAAUGGAGUCCAGCUCUUCAGAUCCGCACGGUUCUUCUCAGCAUUCAGGCUUUGCUAAGUGCACCUAACCCAGAUGAUCCUCUGGCUGAAAAUAUCGCUAAACACUGGAAGACAAACGAACAGGAGGCUGUGGAGACUGCGAGGGAGUGGACUCGUUUGUAUGCAAGCGGCGCCUGAAGAUUGUUUCGUACUCCGGCCCAACUAAUAAAAAGUUGAGAUGCUUUAUAGGAGCGUGUUUAGGAAAGAAUUUGGUGCGACUUUGGGGGGGAUAGGUGCCCUGGUCACCUGUAGCAAGUAAGGUUGUGGAUUAGUCUUCUAACUUCUGAAAGUUAUUGCUCAUUCAUUCAAGUAGGGAGAGUGCACCCAAGUUCUUGUGAUAUUCCAGUGCAUUAUAGGAUCACCUGUCUAACCUCUUUUUGCACACUUAUCUCUUAGAAUGUUGUAGUGUCCAGGCUUAGACCUAUUUUGUUCUAUGCCAUAUCAGGCAGCCUUGAUUUCAACUUUCUUUUCACUAGUUGAGCAGAUUCUGGAACCGUGUUCAUUCUUUAUACUAUCCCCGACGAAGGCACUACUUAUUUUGUAGCGCACACGUUCAGGGCAAUUAUGAAGGACUGAAGAGAAGAUACUAGGGUGCUGCGCAUGAAAAUUUCUCCAUGUUUUAUCUUUAGUUUGAGUGUUUGUGUGCACAGUAGUUUUUUUCUCACCAGAGGCACUUUUGAAAAGAAAAGGGACUCAUACUGCAAUGGUGCAUGAAGGGUACAUUUGUAGGGUAGAAUGGACUGUUGCGCAUCUAAUAUUAGCUGAUUUGAUUGAACAUCAACGCUAGUUUUCAUUUUUCA